CUCGGCAUUGUUUCAAAAUUUUAGUUGUAAGCUUAUUAGUUAAUCCAAUAAUAACAAUAAUGAAUAAUCCGUGGCGGGAAAUCGGCUUUGUUAGCAAGCCAAAGAAACAUCUGAAAAUCAUUAAAAUCAAAAAGCGUAUUGCAAAACACAAGAAAACCUUUAAGCAGAGGCAAAAUGAAUUGAUAGAGCUUCAUAUGAGGAAUCGUAUCAAGUAUUUAAUUAUCGAAAAUCUUGAGUACCUAUUAUCAGACAGGAAGUCGAAAGCCAUAAAACAGCUCUAAUUAGAAGAAAGCUCACAGAGUAACAUACAAAUAGUUAUCUUUAAAAAUAUUAUCCUCUUUCUGGAAAAUCCUUGACUCUUAGGAAAUUAUUGUCCCUAUUAAUGUGGUCAAAUAAUUAUAUUUAAACCGAUUGGCAAAGAAUAAAGCAGCUGCAUUUUAAAAUUA